CGGUGGUGCAACCCCCCGUUCGGAAAGUGCAUACUACCCGACGAGAGCGAUGCAACUGUGUCACUAGGACGAACGGCACGUGAUUCUGCUGCCGACUACCGAAUAACGCAAUCGUGGAAACUUCGAUGGAUUCGAUAAAAGCGUGCAAACAUCUUCGUCAGGGGGAAAAAUACUUUGCUCUCGGUGAAUUCGUGAUCCAUUCUAUUUAAAUAACAGUACAGGUUUCCGAUCUGUUGCAACGCAGAAAAACCAGCCGAUGUCGAUAGAACGUGAACGGAGGAAUAUUCUACGCUGGUGGGCCAACUGCUACAUGUCAAUGGACACCCUGUAAUAAAUAAUUUUCGUCCGAUCGUAUGACGUUUAUGCUAGAAACAUGGAUAAACGACGGUCUGUCGAUGGCAACCUCCAGGAACAGGCUUUGCCCAUUCCGGUUCAGAUGUUCCUUUGGCGACAAUUGAGACCGUUCAUUCGCGCGAAAUUGGGCAAGCUACACGAGGCGUCAUGCACGUUCUGUCAACACGCGCCAGGCCAUCAUGAGACAAAGGAAGCUUGCACGUCGCUCGAGAAAGUGUUGGUUCAGAAUCUCCGCAAUGAUUUGACACCCUCUUUGAGCCUGAUUCUGGGCAGCGUGCCACGAUGGCAUUUGAUCCAAACCGCCCUUCCCUACAUUCUUCAUGCCGCCGCCAAUCUUCUGCACAAUAGGAAAGAUUUCCAAACCCUCGGAGUCAUGGAAACGACGCUCCUUUACAUUCUUCAUUGGAUACUUCUCGAUGCUGCCGAAGAAUGCUCUGAAACCGAAGCCGAUCCUGGAAAUCCCUUUUAUUAUUUGUUUUCUGUGCCCACUGUGAGCCUGUUCGUAUAUCUGUUUGCACCUUUGUGCAACCAUCUGAAAGACAUCGACUUCAAGACUAAUCUACGAUUGGAGAACGGUUUGAAGAUAUGGUCGGCCAUGUACGAGUGCCGUCAUCCGGAUACUCCUUGUUUCACUACUCACUGUCGAAUCAAACCGCAAGCUCUGUGGAACCGAUCCUUCAAAUCGUCCAAACAGCAUCAAAUGUCUGACGACGUGUUCGUGGGGGAAAACGUCGAAAGUCCACCCAGUCAAUCGGCUAGUGCGUUUUCGGACCAGAGUGCUGAGAAACCUUUGUCCACCAAACAGCAGGAUGAAGAUAAUUCUUGGGUAUCGUCGCCAAAGGACACCGUAUUCCCGGAAACGAUUCCCGAAGAGAGCUCUGGCGCCGAAGACGAGCACGUAGUUAUCUUCAGACUACCGUCCCUCAGCGAGUCGGAAAAGGCGCUAGACGGGGGCGAGGCUAGCAUCUUUCACGUAGCCAUGGGUCGAACCAACGAUUUCUCCAAGUCUACUUUGACGAUCGAAAAAGUCACAGCAAUUUCGGGGCUGAACAUUUGCAGACAAUAUCAAGAAAAGCCUCUAAGCACGGGAGACACGGAGAAGGAGAAGGUGGAUAAAUGCCAGAAAACGGAAAAGGAGGCACAAGAUGCUACGAAAACGGAAGCUGUAACGGCGCAACAAGUGUCUCCUAGCGAUUCUGGUCCUGCUGGACUGAUGAGUAGUCAUGGUAUAGACACGGACGUCAGGGCUGCCACCUUUCUAGAUGUAGCCGUUCUGAGGUGUCUCUUCAUCCCUCAGUGGCAGGAGGAAGGCGUCCAUUGGGGUCUGCAAUUUUUAUACCACCGAUUACGCAUGAUCAACGAGGAGACAUCGGUGCAGCAGAUGCCACGUCGAAGAAGCAAUUCUUUGCCAAUACCAAAGAUCGAAGUAUCGAUUUAUCAGAGUCCCGAAAGUAAGAAGAAGGACGUGGCGAAGGAUUUCAUGGAAGUGCCAGACGUUCGAGACGUUUCCGUGCCAAGUGGUCAGGAUACCGACACAAAUCACACGAGACGAGGCAGCGAGAAGAAAAAAAGAAUGAAAAUGGCUGAUCUUAAGGCGUUUGUCGAGACUAAAUUGUUGUCAAAGUCGGAAAAGGCACUCGAGAAAAUUGGUCAAGACGAUCCCAAAAUUUUGUUCGAACAGGAUAGCCGUAGAAGCCUUGACACGGGCGACGAUCAUUUAUCGAGGCCCACAUCGACCAUUUCGAAAAUCUUUGAAGCGAAGGACGUUGAUCAUAUGAAAUAUCCUACAAACCUGAUAAAAGGGAAGAGCAUGCCGAGUUUAAGCUGCUUGAUUAACGAGCUGACCGCGGGAGGGUACGUCGGCGAUACUCGCAUCGAGAGGAAGCAAAGUCGGUUUUACAGUCAAUCGUACACCGCCCCGAAUCCCAUUAUCACCGUCACGGAACACACGCCCACGCCAUCCCCCGACUAUAUGAAACGGCAGGCUUCGAUCGACAGUCAGUUGGACGUUAUUAGCAUGCGCGGUAAUCGUUUAGAUUCCGAAAGGAAGCCCAGUCUUACACGCUCGCAAACAGAUUCUAACAUCACGUAUGCCAGCGACGAGAUACCGGAAGCGCCUGGAUCAUCUUGUUACAUCACCAAAGAAGGUGACAUCGAUUUGCAAGUAGUUCUAAAGGCAGUGCACUCGGUUGCAUUACGAGACAGCAACUACUGUUCUUUACGAGUGUGCGAAAAUAUUUUGAAUUUGGUGGAACUUUUAAUGGAUAUGGGAGUGAUGAAACAAUGUCUUCGCGAUGAGAUGACCGGCAGUUUAACAGAGUCAGGAACGGUAAUAGAAAAAUCGGGCACGGAAAAGAAAAAGGAGAACGCCGAGAACGAACAAGACUAUAGACAGAGUCAGACGGACAAAAAUAAGACCUCGUCGCAUAAUCUCCUAUUAAAUUGCGUGAUCAGAGUACUGAAACACUUGGGCUGCCCGCACAGCUGUUCGGAAGGAAUACGCGGUCCUCACGCUGACUUUUGUCGUUCGCAAGCCCAAACGAUCCUCACAAAGCUGCAUCGAGCCAGCUCGAAGCAGUUCUCGCGAUUCCUGCGAUCGAUGAUGCGCGAUCAACCGAUACCAGAGAUUCUGGAAUUCUUUCAUGCAUUCAUUGGAUUCUGCCUGGAUCCAAGUUCGUUGUUAUCUCCACUUAAUCAGAAACGUGGAUCGAGCAAAUCGCCAGAGAUCGGAUCCCAGGGCGGAUACGCGACGAAUUACGGCGUGAAUCUGAUGGGAGGCGGCAUGGUUUCCGGUGGGACGCUAGGCGGUUCGAACGCAUCCGGUGCUGCGGCCAAUAUGGCGGCGACAGCUUCCGCUAACGCGAUCUCGACUUACGGGCUCGGCGGCCAUGGUUCACGCGGCAUAGAAAGUCACAUUUUUAACUGCGUGUUCAAGACGCUGGUCACGCGUUUCGUUAAAGCGCUCAAAGAGCUGAAAUCACAGGAAAACAUAAGCUUGUACUGCGAUCUACGGCAGUUCAUGACUUAUGUGAAAGAGAUACACGGGGGUGUUUUCCGUCGAGUCAUCCUGAGCGGAAUCUUGGACUCUGCGGACCGACCUAACAAACGGUGCAACAGCAACAUUCAAACGACCCGUGUUAUCAGACACAUACACCAAUCAGAUUUGGAGGAGCACGCGGACAUCGGAGGGGAUACUUGUUACACCGUGGACGACAGAGGAACUCGGAAAUUCCUUUUCAAGAAAAGGAGCACGUCGUCUACUUGUGCAGUGCGUAUCUUCCAGAGCCUCCUCGAGACAGAACUGAGCGAAGAAAACGCGAAAAUUAGCCAAAGUCCUUUGGGGAACUUGAGAAAGAAACAUCACAUACUCACACCAAGGCCAAGCGAACGCAAUUUGGGAAUAGAAUUCUUAGGCUCUGGAAAAACUCGGAAAUCGACUCGAUUUCAGAUCGGUAGUAUAGUCAAUUGGUUUCGAAAAGAAAAUGGCAGAACCGAUUCUACCGACAGCCACGAAAGCAGCGAAUCGCCAACGGACGGAAGUUUCGUUAGGCAAUCCAGUUUUCAUUAUGGUUAUUAUCGUAGCGCGUCCAGAUCGGGACGCAGCGUGGGCGUGACUCUGCAGAAGGCGAAACGUCGCGUGGAAGACCAACUGACGAAAAUUGGCUUUGGAAAAAGUAAGAAGAAGGAAAGUUUAGAAGAAGUGCCCGGAAGUUAUUUCAGCAGAAGAAAUUCGAUGGAGUUUGGGGAAGCUUCGAGGGAAUCUGAAUUCGUGGUGUUAAAAGAGAGACGACUGGUGCCCUGCAACGCUGUUUUCGAUGGAAUGCUAAGAUUUUCGUUCCUAUUGGAGACUUGCCAACCGGGUUCGGUCCCCGAUCACUAUCUAAUGGCUGCGAUCUUAGAUCUCCCGUACGCACCGGUGGUCGCACGGACGUGUUUGCUGCUAGAAUGCGCCCAUUUCGUUCACUUGUGUAACAAGGGACAAUGGCCGACCUGGAUGAAAAUGAACUUUCCCAUAUUUCGUCCGUCGGUGCCCAUUAACAAUCGGAAUACGUCCACGGUACUCAGCAGAGUCCAUGUUAUGCAACGGACUGCUGGAAAAUUGUUUUACCAAUGGGCCGAGGCUAUUGGUGCGCGAUUGGAAGAAUUAUUACUCGAGGACAAGCAAAAUGGUGAUCAAAUGAGAGCUAUGGUCUCCGACGAAAACAAGCAAAGAGAUUUGAUCAUCGAAGACGAGGAAGAAGAUUUUCUCGACGAAGCUAGCAUAAACGGUUAUGGGUCCCAGUGUCCUAUCGCGUUGCGACUUGCUGCCUGUAUUCUACUGCUGGAGGUGACUGCAUUCUUGAGGGAGACUUAUCAAACUCUGCCAAAGUUCAAUAAACUUUUAACGAAAGAACGUCCUCCGCCUUGGGAACGAAUGUACAGCAGAGAAGCGAACAGACGAUGGAGUAUGGCACUCUCGUCGAUGGGACAUUCGCAAACAUCGGCUCAAAGUCUUCAAUCGAUCGUAGGCGAUCGAGAGGUAGCGCCAGAACGCAAAAUUAGCUUUGUUCUUUACGAGCCCGAUAACGAAUCGGAGGGUAGUAGCAAAUCGACUAUUACGAUUCAGGGGGAGGAUUCCCAGAACGCUGAGAAAGAGAAGGUGAAACGCGUACAGCCGCCGCAAGGUCGGCCAUUUCUUCUUCGACGCGGUACCGCGGAAAACGCGACUGGUUCGUUCAAAAAACGAAGUUUGAAACUUCGACGCGGUACCAAGGAAGGAAAGGACACCGAAUGCGAGGCUUAUACGGUGAGACGAGCGGAUUCUAUCCAAUCGAAGAGAAAAGUGAGCUCGUUGUCGGACAGAAGCGACACUUCCGAGCCCGGUUUCGGGGGUGAAAUCAGUGGCGAAGAAUCUCCAGGAAUAUUAAUAGACGAUCAACCGCCGGAAAGUCCCAGCGACAGCAACGAAACGGACGAAACCAACAAAAAUUUCCCGUGGAUGAAGGUCUUGGUGCAGUUCGCCAAUUCGUUCAACAUCUACUGUUCCCAUCAGAACUUUUGCCACCCGCAUUGCCAUCGACGUCAAAUGCGAGCCAGCAGCAGGCUGAUCAAGUCCGUGAGGAAAAUUUAUGGCGAGAAGUUCGGGAUACUGAACGGCACGGGAAUGUUCGACUUCGACGCCGAGAAGAAAGAGGCCAACAAAAAGGACAAACGUGGUCGCAAAGUGUCCGAGCAAACCAGCACGCAGGUGUCCCCCGUGCGAAGAAAAGACAGCGUGGGAAAGAAAUUCAAAAUCGACAGAAACAUAGACGGGUCGCAGUCCGUUCGAUUAACGCAACGAGACUCCUCGAAGGAUUUGGCUGACCAGGACUCCGAGAAAGGGAAGGAAUCUUCCAAAAGAUCGGGGAAAGACGAAUGGGAGAAGGAGAAUCCGGCGAUUCUGAAGUACAUCAAGACUCAAGUGAAGGACAUAUUCCAUGCACCGCUGGCCACUUUGGUCAAAGGAGCCGUCGUAAUGACGGAAGAGUUGUUCGUCGACGUUCUACCGAUCGCUUGGGAGCUUCUGCUCGAGUCGAACCAAGAAGUUGCAGCGUCUGCAGCGUCCCUGUUCAUAGUCGGGGCCGUACGGGCCCCGAAUCAGGCGAGCGAGCUGAUGCAUCGCGGCCUCGAGCACAGCAGCACCAACGUGCGAAUAAACGCGAUACUGAGGUUCCAAGUGCUAUGGAAACUGAGGUAUCAAGUUUGGCCGCGAAUGGAGGAAAAUGCCCAUCUGACGUUCAAGGUACCGCCGCCUGGGAUCGAAUUCACGUUACCGUCCCCGAAAAUCGGUAUCGAAUCGUUGCCUGUCGUCGAUCCGCCAUGGAUGCCGCAGGUGAAAACGAAGGUGGAGGAAGUGACGAUCAAUCAGGAGCAUCAUAGAUCUCUGGUGACGGCAACGAAAACUCGUAAGAAGCAGCAAACUGAACUCAUAAAAAAGGCUUUACAGGCGCAGGAUGAUAAGAAACGAGAAGAGAGGGAGAAUUUUUUGAUCACGACUAUACCGAUUACCGUGCAAGCGGCGUACGAACCCAGCCCCGUCGGAGACGAUCACGACGAAGGAAACGUUGGGGACGAGGAUGCGGGUGAAACGAUACCAAGAAACACGUCCCAUCACGGCCAAUCAGCGCCAUCGCUGUUCCCCUCCUCCUUAUGUUCCGCCAUUGUUCAAAUCAUUUACUUGCUCGACGACGCGGGCGUCUCGAACGACGGAAGCGCCGUUUACGAAAUAGCAUAUCAAGUGAUUUGGAAUUGUCUGGUGGAAGACAGUGCGUUGUUUCUACGUUACGUUUUGGAGCGUCUCACCAGGGAGAAGCAAGAAUUGAUGUUUAAAAUUUUGAGACACCUGAUUCGUUUUGUACCGAAACUACCUCAACAGGCCGCGUUCGCCUUGUACAAUUACAUAAUCGGUUACGUAAUGUUUUACGUACGUUCUCCCCACGAAGAAGGGCAACAAUUGAUCGGAACGGCCCUCUCCAUUCUGUGGAUGGUGGUCCACAGCGUCCACGGAAUAAUGUUUAAAGAUCUAAAGCAAAUUCUGCGGAAAGAACAGUGCGACGCCUCGAUUUUAUUAACCGCGAACGUGCCAUCGGCGAAAAGAAUCGUGGUGCACGGUCCACAAGAUCCGGACGCUGGAGGAAUUCCCUCGCAAUUUCCGGUCCAGGAGGACACGCAAUUCUGUCAAAUACUCCGGGAAUCGUUAGAUUACUUUGGCAUCGAGGAGUCGAAACAACGGGAAUACUUCCUCGUGGACUACAAAACACAUCAAAUCCGUAACCCGUCGUCCUACGUUCGGGAUUACUACUUUUUUAAGGGCAGAUCGCAAUUCUCCGAGAUCGAGCUGGUUCACAUGAAACCGGAAGACGCGUUCAACGCGCUGCAACGCCAGGAAUUGGUUCACAAGUUCGUCGAGAUUGGAAAGGUUCUAUUAACGUGGGCGAUUUUGAAAAACGUCGACAUGGUAGUGCAGAGGGUGGUAUUUCUUCACGAGGAACUAAUGAAACUGCCCUCCUUUCCAAGAAGAGCCCUGGAAGCGGACUUGGAUUUGUACAAGGGCGGUGAAAUUGGCAGAGAACUUCUCGGUCUGGACGUGAUGCACAAAUUUAUGUGGGUGAAACUGAUCGCGAGGAUGUUCGAGGCGAUGGCGGGCAAUUUCGCCUAUUCCGGAGACAUCCAUCUUUUCUUGAACGUUCUGAACGGCGCGAUCAUCCUUCACAGCGAAGAUUCUUGCAUUUUGCGUUACGUUGUCGCCACGUACAUAAACGCGGCGCACAAUUUCAAAAACAUUUUCUCGACCAACGGCUAUUUACUAAUUAUGCCGACGUUGUUGCAAUUGUACUCGACCCACCAAACGAACAAAUUAGUGACGACCACGGUGGAGUACGCUGUCAAGCAAUUCUACCUGAUGAAUCGAAAACCGUUUAUCCUUCAGAUGUUCGGAAGCGUGUCCACCAUAUUGGACACGGACGAAACGAGCGUUCACGGAGAAGCGCACAAGGUCCCCGCCACGUGUCUUUUCAAUUUGUUGUUAAGUUUGGAGACCCCGUCGCCGGAUCCUUUGAACAUAGACGAACUGGUGAAAGAGGAAAAGCCCCUGAAAGCUAUCGACUUCUGUUAUCACGACGAAAACGAGAUGGUCAACGUGUUGGAUUGCAUUUCACUCUGCGUGAUGGUGAUAGCUUACGCGCCUGACUCCGUCAGGGGACAACAAAUGUUGAUUAUAUUGGAAGCGAUAUUGCCGUGCUACGUGCAGCAAAUUCAGUCCCCGACUUACAACAGAGAGGGAAAAACGGAGAAGGAAAUAAUAAAUCAACUGGCCAUAGCCGUGAAGACUUUGGUUAAUAAUUCGGAGGCUCUCACGAAAUAUUACAACGGCCCGCAAAAGUCGAGCCCUGAACAUAAAGGAUCCAGUCAAAGAAACUAUGGAAAGGGUCCGUAUUCGCCUGGUUUCGAUUUCGAGGACGAAACUCACACGACCAAGUACAUGGAACACUCUAAAGUUCGCACCUUUUACGAUCGAGACAACGACUACGCCGAAAGUUGCCAUAAAAACGAAUUUCGUCGGCCACGCGACACAUUAUUGAACAUGGUAGGGGACUUUGUGGCUCGAUGCUCGGCUAGAUUAAUUGAACUGAACAAGAAGUCUCAGGAUGGGAAGAUGAUCGAACUAUUAGACUCGAAAUGCCAUAUACGUUUGGCAGAUAUAGCCCACACCCUGUUAAAAAUAUCCCCGUACGACGCGGGGACAAUGGGUUGUCGUGGUUUGAGAAGAUACAUGAACGACAUUUUGCCCUCAACCGAGUGGUCCAACGACGACAUGAGACCCGCGUUGACGACUAUUUUAAGAAGGCUCGAUAAAACAUUUAGCAAAAUACAUAAAAAAGCCUCCAUCAGAAGGAACACCGACUGGACGGCGGCGAGCGAUCUUUUGAAGGGAGUUUACGAAACGCUAUCCAAGUGUCCUUACAUUGCACACUUUCAGUAUCUGAAAACAUUGCUGAGUACUUGUCAGUCUCUGAUUAUCGGAGACACCCCCCCAGAGGAUGUGACCUCGGCUUCCUCGGCUGCUUUAAUGAGCAAAAUACCUCCCCAACAUUUCUGCUCGACCGUACUUCGACUGAUAGCUCUUCACGUGAUAUCUCUGAGCGAAGGAUACUCUCUCGACAAUGUGUGCGGCGGCCAUGCCAUGUUCGCCACGCAAACUCGAACGGAAAACAUACUGCUUAACUUGUUAAUACCGUUGUUUCUGCGCGUGGGCACCGGAAGAAAAGAUGUGACGAAACUAAGGCAAUCGGACAUAAAUUUCACUUUGACAGCGGUGCUGAACACUCUGUGGCCACCGAGUACGAAGACAGUACCGAUAACUGCUCAGAAUCUCAAAACUACGACGGAUAUGAGAGCGGGUAGUUUGACAUUCGUAGCAAGAGACUCGAAGACUUUAACUAAAACGUCCUUGACGUUGUAUCAAGUUGCCUUUUUAGCCUUGAAAAUAAUGACGAUAUGCUUUGAAAUGGAGUUGAAGACCGAGUGGCCAAAGAUUUUACGCACAAUGCGCCUGUUGAACAAACGAAACGAGGCGUCCACGUACCUCUGGAAUUUUAUAGAAUUCGUGGUCACUCAUCGUACCGCUCUCUACAUUCAAAUGCUUCCAUUCAUCGUUCACAAAAUCGGCCAAGCGCCCAUUUCCGAACACGAGAGAAACAUGCAGAGUAUCAUACGCGCAAAGAUUAACGGAGACACCAAAACGGUACCAAAAUCUCGUAGCACUUUAUUGACCGACCUCAUACACGAAUUAAAGGACCUGAAAGAGGAGAUAGAAGAUAGGAGAUUCGACGAAAUGCAGCCAGAACCGAAGAAAAGCGUCGCAGAUAUGCACCCCGCGAACGAAGGGCAGCCCCGUACGCAAAGGCCAUCGUUGUUGAUCGAACUUCUGACGGGAGAUCUCGGAUCCAGAGCUCAUAUAAAUCGCACGCCCGCGGAAACUCCGAUUUCCCAUUCCACGGCCCCUCAAUCCGCCCCACACAUAAUUCAUCUAUCGAAUUCAAGCGGGACUGUCAAGACGUCGCAACCGAGUCAAGUAACCGCACCGCCAAACGGUAUACACACAGCACGUGCUUCUAGUACGAGCGUGGGUUCUUCCACUCUUCGCGAAGCCAGUGACGUUGGUAUUAUCGAACCGACCGCGGAACAACAGAUGCCCGCAGAUAAAUCCCAACCACCUUCUACUAGCGAUGAACGUAACCAUGUUAAGCCUCAUCCUAUAUUAACUCAUCAAAAGGCACCAAAACUGCGCUUUCUAUCUUCCGUAGAAUUUAGGCACUCAUCAGGGGAGACUAUGACGAGUCAGCUGAGCCCGACCAGUCCAAACGAGGACAGUUCAGGCGAGUCGCGACCAGACAAACCUCGUUUACAACGAUCUAUGGGCCAAAGCAAAAAGACGUUCCGACUGAGAAAGAGUCGAAGGGCACACAUUGAGGUGGCACAAAUCGGGACGGAGCAAGUGUUUGAUAUGCCACACGUGCCAUUAACGACCCAACUGUCUGUACGAACGUCACCGAUGUCGACGAGGGAACCUUCGAACUUCAACAUCCCCUCGGACUCGUCGUCCAUUCGUUCCAGACGAAGCUCGUCGAUCCGUCAGUCGGACUGCGAGAAAAGCAAUAACGUGCCAAACGAUCAACAACAAAUGCAUGGCAACCUGCAUCACCAUUACCACCAUUGUCAUCACUAUCAUCAUCUGAGUCUCCAAACGUCGGACGUUUCGUGGGACGAGGACACGUCCAGCACGUCCGGUUAUCGCGAAUCGUACAGCAUACAAUUGGUAUCGCUGGAAAGCAGCAACAAUCGUCCGGUUCAAGCGCCACCGUUGGCGUCCCCGGAUUUAAACGACAUGCCUUCGACCAGCAGCACCACAACGAACGUCAUAGCUUUCGACGGUAGUUCGCCUGAUUGCUCCAUCAACGGAAGCGGAGGAGAGAAGACAGCUCUGUUGACUUCUAGCCAAAGAACCACUUCUCAACACUCCCUGUUGAUAGUGUUUCCCAACCAGGACGAAGACACGUUGAUAUAAACAGUCAACGAGCAUAGUUACGAGACUGAUUAAGAAGGCACUAACGACCUCUAAUUGCUAACUGUAAUUCCUGUUAUAGCUCAACGAGUUAACGAAGAUCCCUGCAGCUCGUUCAGAUCUUUCCAAUUUUGAUUUUUGGCCAAACGAGUUCUAACUCUUUCUAAUUUAAACAACAGGCACGAUAAACUACUGAAUUUUAUUUUUUCGGUUUUUUGAGAAAUUAUUUUUCACCCCGAUAGUCCGUAAAUUCUCUAGAUCGAGUUAAUGGCACUACUAUAAAAAGAUUACGUUAGCAGUUAAAGGUCCGAUCGAGAUGUAAUGUAGAAAAUAUUUCGCGACAAU